AUGGGCUAUCGAACUCAUGGGGAGCGAAAGGCGACUGAACAAAGAGAGUCGAGUUGGGACAAGAAGCAGGGCCCGCAGCGAAUGUGGAUCAGAUCCAGAAUCUCGGGAGUCGGUCCGGCGGCACGCGCUUGCAGCGAUCAGGCUUGUAGUCUUAUUCUAUUUUUGGUUGCGCACGAAUUCGUCAACACGGAACUUGUUGCGAAGCCAGAGGUAUCUGUAUUGAAGACUUCUGACAAAAUAUCAAGAACUGUUUUCCGCAGGCGGAUGUCACGGGCUAUACGGUAUAGUCAGUUUGGAGCGCUGUUACAUGUCAUUCACCAAAAAGCUGAAGCUGUCUCGGGCGUCGCAGUUCAAUGGCUCAGCCAUUGA